AUGGGUGUUGAAUGGACGCCAGGCAAAUUAGUAUACACCAUCGAUGAUCAGGUAUGGGGUACUCUACAAUCAACUUAUGUGCCAAAUAUUUCGAUGGGACUUGCAUUACAAACGCAAGCGGGAACAACGAGUAGUAAUUGGAAUCCAAUUCCAAAUAAUAGUACACCAUCAAUGGUACAAAUGCCAGUUGACUGGGUUGUUAUUUAUGCAUGGAAUCCUCAACAGACUUCAUCAGUCAAUGUUUGA